AUUCUCUUUUGUAAACAAUGCCACCAUACCCAACUAAAAUCGAAUCUACAUUAAAAGGUCAUAAAGGACCUAUCAAUGCAGUUAAAUAUAACAAGUCGGGACAGUAUUGCGUGUCUGCUGGUCGCGACAGAUCCAUUCGUUUGUGGAAUCCAACCACAGGACUUUUACUUCAAUCAUAUAAUGGUCAUGGCAGAGAUGUGCUAACUGUAGCAGUUUCAUCGGAUAAUGGAAAGAUUGCGAGUGGAGGUGUGGACCGUACUGUCUUAUUAUGGGAUGUUAGUUCAGGCGAAAUUACAAGACGAUAUACGGCCCAUUGGGAGAGAGUAAACUCGGUGGCAUUUAACGAGGAAUCUACAGUGUUACUUAGUGGAUCAUUUGAUGCGACUAUCCGCCUUUGGGACUUGCGAUCGUCCAACUUUCAACCAAUUCAGGUGAUUGAAGAUUGUAAGGAUAGUGUCAUGUCGCUUGAUGUCAAGGGCGUUGAAAUUGCAGCAGGUUGUGCUGAUGGAAAACUGCGUACGUACGACUUAAGAAUGGGCGAAUUAAAAGAAGAUUAUAUCGGACCUGCCAUUACAUCUGCCAAAUUGUCCAAAGAUGGAAAUUGUAUCUUGGUGAGCAGCCUAGAUAGCACAAUGCGACUGAUGGAUAAGAGCAACGGACGAUUACUAAAUGAAUUUAAAGGCCAUAAACACAAUGAAUACAAAAUUGAAUCUAUUCUUUCAAAUACGGAUGCUUAUGCGCUUACAGGAUCGGAAGACGGCAAGAUCUACAUUUACGACAUAUUAGAAGGAAAUAUCGUAUCGACACUGGAUGCGCAUGAAGGCGUUGCAACUGCAUUAGAUUAUCAUCCAGAAAAUUUGAAGCAUAAAGAUGUCGUAUUGUACAAGACCGAAUCAUGUAGAAAUUGGACAGAAUUAGGACACUGCAGAUACGGUAAAAAAUGUCGAUACGCUCAUGGUUCUGAAGAGCUACGUAAAGUUCCAAGACAUACUAGAUACAAGACACAGAUUUGUCGCUCAUAUCAUAUGGAUGGAUCAUGUCCGUAUGGAAUUCGAUGUACAUUUGUUCAUGAUUCUGACAUUCAACCACGAGAAAAAAUGACAGGAUCAGCCGAUCGUUUGAUUGUCAGAAGAAACAGCCUAGGCUCUCAUGAUGAUGAAGCAUCACAAAGUGGAAGCAGUAGUGGAGAUGAAAGCUUAGCUGGUGAAUUCAUCGCUCAGACUUCUUACCGACAUCAUCAAUUUCAAAAAACCAUGAUGAAACAUCAACAACAAUCUAUUGAAACGAUGUACAAUAAUGUCUUUUUAAACAGCAAAUCUACCAUGUGGAUGUAACACAAUAGGGCGCAUGUAUUUUAAAACCCUUUCCUUAAUGUCUUUAUAUAUAUAAAUUGCAAAUCAUAUC